AUGGAGGCCAAGAGAAUUAAUUCUCCAACUGAAAGUGCAACAGUUGACCAGAAUCCUUGGGAACAGCCUUUGGAUGUGUCCCCACCAUUGCUCCAGCAGAGGACCGAUGUCUCUGUGGUUCAAAAGCAGGCUCUCCCCAUGCAGAAUGAACCUGGGAACAAUGAACCUGGAAACUCUUCAUCUUUCUCACCCUCAUCACCUGGUGGCCUCCACCCGCCCCCUCAGUCUCCCACACCAGCAUCCACGGUGAGCCAUUACGCCCUUGCAGAUGAUAACAGGUGGUUCGAUAUGGAUGGUCCAUCUGCAGAUGUGGAUUCAUUUGAUGAUGUGGAAGAUAGAAGCCAAUCCAGCUACAGGAUGACCCCAGAGGCCAUCCAUCUUGUAGAGCACAGGAGAUCAAGCACAGCUCCUCUCUCACCAACUGCUGAGGCCUUAUCACCCCUCUCAUCACCACCCUCUGCGGCGGCACCACCACCCCAGGCUCCAGUGUCCAUUCUUGCCCAAGGGCUUGCCGAGCAGCUGCAGCAGCACCAUGGCUGUAUGGGGGACAGCCACUGGGAGUAUCCCUUCGACAUGCGGCCUGUUGACCAUCCCUCCCCGCCUGGGACCCCCUUCCCCUCCAAGGCGCCACCAUCCCGGCCCAUCCACUCUGUGCGCCUGAGUGAGAUCAUCCAGUGGGCCUGCCCGGAUAUCCUGUCGCGGCCACAGAUAGCUCAAUUUGGGGAGCCCUGGGAUGAACAGCUCCCCACACUGCAGAGGCAGAAGAUCUUCAGUGGGCUGGAUGUCAGGGAUGACUCCACCCCUCCAGAACCACCCACCGUGGACAUCGCCUCGGAGGACGUCCCCGACGGGCCACUGAUGCCAUCCAUGGAUAUCGACAGCGUGGGGGGGUUCGCCUCCAGCCUCGCUGUGGCCCGGGCGGGCAUUCACUGGCUGGCAGCUAGGCCCCCUGUGUCCUCCCUCCAGGCAGGGCUGCAUCUCUCCCCAAUCCCCGUGACAUGGGAGCCCUCGUCAGAGGCCUCAUGCCCCCGGCGCAGCCAGAGACCGAUCCACCAGAUCCCACAUCUUCCCCUGGGCCGGCUGGGUGGGUUCGAGGAUCUAGAGCUCUACGCCCUGUUUCCCAAACUACAUGACCCCGAGCGCCAGCACUUCAUCAUCCGCGAGGAUGAGUACCGGCUGUGGACCGAUCAGAUUGUUCUUCCUGCCCUCCAUGAGUGCUACUCUACCGCCCUGCUGGGCCACAUCCCCUCCAGCACCGAUCAUAUAAGGCUCAAUGCCACCGCGCGAUGGGUUGAGGGCCGUGUGAGUCACAGCAGCAGUGCACCUCGCGUCCAGCUUUUUCGGCACUUUCUCCCCCCAGAGGGUCUGGCCCCACUAUGGCAGGCAAUCCAGACGCGUAUCCAACAACCUACACUGCUUCAGUUCCAGGGUGUAAUGCUCUUCCUGACAGCCAAGAACCUGAAGCUGCAGACCCAGAGCCGCACCUGGAUGGAGAUGCACAAAAGGUUCCUCCACCGAUGGGAGCUUGCAGUCGAUCCCCAGUUUAUUGAGGAGGAGUUCAUCGACAUUGGCAAGGAGAUCUGCCCCCCUCAGAGCUACCUGGCCACACAGCAGGCAGACCAGAUCCCCGGGACAGUGCUGUGGCGGCGGUGCUGCCUGCAGAGCUUUGCACGGUGGUGUGGGGACUGUCUGCCUGAAUCCACCACAGCACCAGACCCCAGCGGCACUGGACAUGAGAGCCAGAGAGACAACGGGGACACUGAAGAGGAUUCUGGGGGUGAUGUAUACCAUGAGCACACUGAUCAGGUGGACCUCCCCACCAGCAGCUCUCCUCAGCCCCAGAAGGUCAAGAACCCCUUCCACCAGGAGUUCUACCCAAUGUCCUUCCUGUCUGAAGCAGGCUCACUGACCCUGGAGACGCGGCCCCGAUCGGCACUUCGACAGUCAGGGCUACUCUACUGCCAGUUCUACAACACAAUCAAGGAGGUCUUCGCGGCUGGGAAUCACUAUGCCUUCGGGGCUGAACACCUGGACACCCUUGCUCUGGACCCAGGCCUGGUCCGCAUGUGGCAGCACGUUGGCCGCGGGGUCAGCCAUCAGCCACUACAGGUGCUGCAGGCGUACCUUCACACCAAACAGCGCUGCCACCGGGCACUGGAGGCCUCCCGACAGAAGGCCUUCGCAGUGCGUGAGGAGUACCGGGUUAGCGGCGAGCUCUACCGGGCCAUCCACGCGGCCAUGCAGGAUCAGGGGUGGGUAGAUGAGCCACUCCCCCAGCCUGCAUCCUCACUGAGGCCCUUCCACCACCAGCCAACACCACUCAUCAUGGACUGGCUCCGGUGGAACAUCAACCGGCUCUGCACGGGGUUUGAGAUGGUCUACAGCCUCCGGCAGCGGAACCUCGUGCAGUGGGAGCACACACGUGUGAUGAUGAUGUUCCUCCAGUGCCUGCAGCACAUGUAUGGCGGGCAGGGGCGUCACCUACGCCACAGCAACGGGCUCUGGCUCGACCGUGUAGUCCAACCCCGGCGUGACGGGCAGGGCGAGCGAGUCCAGGAGGGGAUGGGGUUCCAGAGCAACCUCCGGCGGUAUCAGUACGCCUGGAUGUGCGAUAAGCUGGACUGGACCGCAAUGAUCUUCAAGCCUGCACACCGGGCCCAUCUGACCUUCAACACGCCCACCCUGCAGCAGGCGUUCCACCACCGGUAUGGGCAGGUGAACUCAGCCAAACGGGACUUCCUCCUCGUCCAGGACCUGCUGGCGCGGAUGCGCGACCCAGCCACCACCACCACUCAGGCCCGUCUCCUGCUCCAGCUGUGCAUUGACACCUGCCUGCGGGCAUUCCGCAAGGAGGUGUUUACCCACCUAGACCAGGGCCAGCGGGUCUCAUGGCGCUGGCAACCCCAGCAGCGGCAGCAGGCCCUGGCCGGGGAGAUCGCACUAACCUGGGCCGGGCUGCAGUUGGUGUUCCCCGAGCUCACCGACCCGGGAAUGAUACACGCGGUGGCAGGUCACAACAUGCGCGUGCGCAGCAUAUCCGUCCUGUUCACAUGGCUCUGGGGGUGGGAGGGGGAUGGCAACAGGUGCAUUCUAGCACGGCAACACUGGGUGGAUAAGCCCUACCGGUUGCUGUUCCAGCAGUGCUUCGGUGAGGUGGCCCUGGCAUUUGGGGUCGAGCAGGCCCGGGCUUGGCGGGCCAACCUGCGGUCGAUCUUCAUCCGCACCCACUGGCUCCUCCCAUACCCCUCAUCAACCAGCUUCUGGUCCCAUGGUGGGCAGCGGCGCCUUCAGUGGUGGUCUAGCGUGCACCCCGGCGUGCAGCAGUACGUCCGGAAGAAGAAAAAGAAGCAGCAACCAUCUCCAGAUCCAGCCCCACUGCACAUUGAGCCCUGGGAGGUCGUUCACCUCCCCCUGAGCGGCUGGGAGCGCUCCUCCUCUGUCAUGCAGGGGAUCGACAUCAGGCUUCCAAGCACGCCGGACUCCAUAGAUGAUUUCCUCACUGAUGUGCCACUGGAGCCUACUGAGGAGCCCACCAUGCGUGAUGAACACAUCCUGCUCCCAGUGAUUGGGCAGAGUGUGAAGCUGAUCUACAGCACGCUACCAGACAUUGCACCAAGCUACCAGCUACGGUCCCACAGACGGGGAGAGCACCAAGGCACUCCACAGCAUGAUCCUGCAUGGUGGAAGUCCCACCUCCAGUCCUAUCUACAGAGGCUCAUCCAGAGCAAGCAUGAUGCCAUCCAGUCACUGAAGUUCGCCCAACGGUCCCGCCAGUGGCAGAGUGGUCCACAGCCAGUACAGAAGAUAGCUAACACCGAGCCGGAUUCCGAUCCUGAGUCACUGAGCCAGCAGUAUAUCCAGGAGGUAAAGCAGCUCCAGGCUCUGAAGAAACAAGAGCGGAAGGUGUGGGAAUAUAACACCCGAUAUAUGCAUCAUUGGCAGCAUAUGAAAUCACUGCAGCAACAGUCCCAGAGCAGUGCCAGCAGUCGAUGGUCUGCACAAGAAUGGAAGAGCUUCCAGGAACAGUUUCAACGGGCGCGGCAUCGGGCACAGAAGUAUGAGUAUCAGCUGAGAAAGUCCACCCACAAGAUCACUGAGCAGGUAGGAUGA